CAGGCUCGCGCUACGGCAGUGGUGCUGGGAGUCUCGUGUCCGUGGUGCCGUUACUCGAAGUCGGGCGGCGGCUGAGGCUCAGCGCACAACGCAGGUAGCGCGUUAGCAGCCGCAGNGGAGGCACCUCGGCGGUCACAGCCCCUGCGCUGGUGCAGCCACCCUCGCCUGCUCCGUUCUUCCUUCCUUCGCUCGCACCAUGGCUGAUCAGCUGACUGAAGAGCAGAUUGCUGAAUUCAAGGAAGCUUUCUCCCUAUUUGAUAAAGAUGGUGACGGCACCAUCACGACCAAGGAACUGGGGACCGUCAUGCGGUCACUGGGUCAGAACCCAACAGAAGCCGAGCUGCAGGAUAUGAUCAACGAAGUGGAUGCCGAUGGGAAUGGCACCAUUGACUUCCCAGAAUUCUUGACUAUGAUGGCUAGAAAAAUGAAAGACACAGAUAGCGAAGAAGAGAUCCGCGAGGCAUUCCGAGUCUUUGACAAGGAUGGGAAUGGUUACAUCAGUGCGGCAGAACUGCGCCACGUCAUGACAAACUUAGGAGAAAAGCUAACAGAUGAAGAAGUAGAUGAAAUGAUCAGAGAAGCAGAUAUUGAUGGCGACGGACAAGUCAACUAUGAAGAAUUCGUACAGAUGAUGACUGCAAAAUGAAGACCUACUUUCAACUACUUUUCCCCCUCUAGAAGAAUCAAAUUGAAAUCUUUUACUUACCUCUUACAAAAAAAAAGAAAAAAAAAAGAAAAAAGUUCAUUUCUUCAUUCUGUUUGUAUCUAGCAAAACUGAAUGUCAAAAGUACCUUCUGUCCACACACAAAAUCUGCAUGUAUUGGUUGGUGGUCCUGCCCCCUAAAGAUCAAGCCCCCUCCAUCAGUUUUACAGUAUAAAUACUCGUGCUCCCUUAUAAGGAGCACUUAGUGGACUCCUUAAAGCUCCAUUUGCUAAUGAUUAACACACCGUUUGGGCUGGCCAGUUUCUCAUGCAUGCAGCUUGGUGAUUGAGCACAGUCAGGCAUUUGUAUUAAAACUGAAAAAUGGAAAAAACAAAUUCAAAAUCUCAGAUGGCUUCUAGUUCAAUCUGUUCAGAUAAAUUGUCANCAGCCAGUUUACUGCAAGCAAACAUUUAAAAUUGGUUUACCUCAGGAUGAUGUGCAGAAAAUGGGUGAAGGCUAAACUCUGAGACACAGCCCCAGAAGUAGGACAGUCCUCGUCAAGUGCCCCAGUCCCAUGGUGACAGUGACACCCUGGUGGCAAGCCNGAGUGCGAUGGUUCACUGCUGUGCGCAUUGCAUUGGAGUGACUGAACAACAAGGCUGUCACCAAAUCCCACACAUUUUAUUAAGGAAUGUUCCUAAGGGAGCAUCUUUGGACUCUGUUUUAAAACCUAGUGAACCAUGACUCGGAGCCAGCAGAGUAGACUGUGUCUGUGGACUUGAGCACACCAUCAACAUUGCUGUUCAGGAAAUUAUAAUUUACGUCCAUUCCAAGUUGUAAAUGCUAGUCUUUUAUUUUUUUUUCCAAUAAAAAGACCAUUAACUUAAAAGUGGUGUUAAAUGCUUUGUAAAGCUGAGAUUGGAAGGGGGACAAGGCCAAGGCCGCUGGAGGGGAGGUCAGCAUACAUAGAAACGCCCAACACCAGUGCAAGCUGGAUUUCCCACCAGGUUCUCUAGGCACAACUGAAACCAGACAGACUCGGAGUUCUUUGCCAUCUAUGACCAUGUAAGUCUUGUUAUUUUCUGUGUUGUGUGCACACGCGCAGAUCACGGUUGGUGUUCAGACUAGAGCCCUGCUGAGGGGAGGCCUCUCCAGCAUGCAGUGAGGAUGUCUGGCUGUGCUGCUGCUGAUCUGGUGUAACCACAUGAGGCCAUCUGCAGGAAACAGGACUUAGUGUGUGUGUAUUCCUGUACUCACUGUGUAUGGUAGAAGCAGGCCGGACAAAGACACUACCUUUGAUUCAGUUUGUAAUUUAUGGUUAUACGUAACUUUAGCCUCUUAUACUUUAUUAUUAUUAUUUAAGUUAACUGUUUUUUCUCCCCAUAAGUAGAGUUAAUGCAUAAUACUCUAGCUUGGAAGCAAAGAAACGAGGCAAAACAAUAUCCCAGAAUGAAUUCCCUGUCUAAUUACAAACCUGUAACCAAAACGUAGACCUGCUGGUACUGGUCCCUUCCAAGGCACUGGUCUAUUUAAAAAGCCCCCCUUAGAAGUGUGUUGCAUUUAAAAAACAAGGGCCUUAUACAUUUUUCAGGGCGUUAACUGGUUGUAUCUGACUAGCAAAGAGCUUUGGCUUCCAAAUUUGGGGGUGUCGGAACUGGCAGGCUUCUAGCAAGGCAAUGAGAAGUCCUUGGCAACCACAUGGCUGCCCUCGGGGUAACCUCUAGAUGCUGGUUGCCCCCUCCUGCUCCCUGUCUUUCUGGCGUUUUGUAGCUCCUUAGAUUCAUUUGUUGCUUUUCUGCCAGAGGGAUGGGUCCGAGCAGUGGAGAGGAGGAAGACCUUGCCUGGGUGCUUCUGCUCAUCCUUGCCCUGGGUGGUUGGCACAGGCUGAUGACUUUGACUUUGGUAUCUGAAUCAUUAGGUAUUCCCUCCUGGUAGAGAGGACUGGGGGGGUUCCAGGUGUGAAGAAGUGAAUGACAGUGGAUAUGUCUUGUACGAGGAUUAAAUCACCCAGUCGAUGACCCAGUCUCAGGCUUGUCUGUAACCUCUUCAUAGUUUCAAAGAGGUUUGGAGGUGACUUUUAAAAAUUGCCUCCUAUCUUUUACCAAGUCUGUAGAAGCUGGGUAGACGAUGCUUUAACAGCCCCAUAGCCUGUCCUAAAAGGUUACCUCCGAAACAGGAUUCUUGUGUAACUAGGAAUCCUGCAUGAGAACCAGAAACCCUAAGCCCCCCCCACCCCCCCGGGGAAUGUGAAACUGGGGUUUGGAACUGUAGGAGGCAGAGUCCCCCCCCCCCAGCCUUCUGGCAUCCUGGGGCACAGGCAGCCCAGGGCUUGGUGUUGGCAGUCUGAGUUCGUGAGGUAGAAGGAGUGGGGUGUCAAGGCAGUACCCCUGAAGUCGGAUAGCACUUUCCUGUAAACUGUCCCUCACUUAUAACUACUCUAUAAAUAUAUACAUAUAUUUAUAUAAAUAUAUAUAUAUAAAGUGACUAGUUAACUGGCAUCCUGCUUUAGCCUGAGACUUGCCCUAAGAAACUGCUGAGCCCUUGGCACAUCUCUACAUAGUGUGUUUUCUGUCUGUUGGGGGGAGCUGUUGAACAAGGCAAGCAUCUUGAUAGUUCAGAUGGGCUUUCAUGUACUGUUGCCAGGGAAGGCUUUUUCUGAUUUUUUGACAAAUUUUUGCACACUUUAAUUGGUGUCUUUGAGCAACUUAAACACAUUGAAGAUGAGCUAUUGUACAUAUUUUUAUAUUCUCUUUAUAAGUGCAUGUCCAACUUGUAACCAUAUUGUAAGGAAUGGCUGCCCAGUAGGCCUAGUGUUGCUGUCACACAAGAGGGAUAGCAUCUAUCAUUCGCCCCUCAGCAUCCUGGGAACUUCUUCUUGAAUGAAGACUGUAAAUUUGAUCAAGUCAACUCUUAGUUCAGUUAUCUUAACCAUUUGAAUGAUUUAUUGUGUGUAUUUCUCUUUGGCAGCGACCAGAGUUACACUGAUGUGUUCCAACUGACCCACUCAGCUGGCGGUCACCUUAUUUUUUUCAAUACCCCUUGAAGUUGUCCAGUAGGAGACAGAUUAUUUGCUGUCUACCCCUUUGAGUAAGAAAUCAGGGAAGUGCGCCCUUCCCCUAGAUCUACGAUGUUCAUUAAACACCUUUAGCAAGGAUGGUGGUGGUCCUUCUGUUACCGAAGUCACCCUUCACUGUGGCUGUUUGACAAGGAGUUGUACUUGGACGUUGUGUAAAUCUUGAGAUAAACUGUUUUGGAGAUUUAACCACCUCUCUGAUGGGGGACCAACUCUAUGGAAAUUGUAAAUAAGUUUUAUUUAUAAACCUGGCACUGUAUUCAAUAAACAUUUCUGCAGCCUUUCAUCUCUUAA